AAAUUGUCCUUACCAACAUGCAGGGUGGACAAGUUACUUUCAGCACAAACUUAGCUAAAGCGUCAUGAUCUGCCCUGAUCUCCUUUUUGAAGUCAUAUUUUUCCUUUGUUUUAUUCUAUUCUUCAGUCAUGCUUAGUGUUUCCUGUUUUAUUUUCUCACUUACAUCUCUUUUUUUAGAUCACUUCCUGGCCUUGUGUUUUCCCGCCAAUAUAGAUUUUCUGCUCCGCCCUGAUUUGUUUCACCUGUCCCUCACUUGUCCUGCAGUCAACUCACCUGUUCCCAAUUCCACAAUCAGUGUCUCCCCUGUCUUUGUCAGUACUUCUUCAUUUUUGGUUUGGAGGUCUGUUACCUGUGCCAGCCUGCUUUCACCUGCCUGAUUUUUGGACUUUUUUAAAUAAGUAUUUAAAUUCAUCCAGCUGCUUCUUUUGUUGUCUGCAGUUGGGUCCAAGUCUGCUACCCAAGACAGUGACAGAUGUGGACCUGCUGACGCCACAUGCACAAAACGCAGAUGUCUGGCUGAAAUGUUAAUCAAAAAAAACUAUCAGUCUCAGCCUCAGUAUGACAACUGCACCCAAAAGAUUAAUGUGCCUUUCAUUGAAUACCAGACUCUGUCAGUUGACACAAAGAAUCUCCGUCUGAAUAGUCGUCUGCAAGCUUCACUUGUAUGGGAAGAUCCUGAGUUGGGUUGGAACACGUCAGUUUACCCAUAUGAUCAUGUGGCCCUGCCAGUAAAUAAAGUCUGGACCCCUGAGCUCCAUGUGACAAAUGGAAUAACAACAACUAUGAAGCACAGCUCGCGUGAUCUGCUGGUGAACAGUAAUGGCACAGUGAAGCACAGUGUGAUCCUUACUGCUGAGGUGAACUGUGAAGUCAACCUGUUCAACUAUCCCUUCGCUAGUGAUGCAUGCCCUGUCGCGAUCCAAACCUGGACCAAGGAUGGGUGUGGCACACUGCUAAACUUUGACGAUUUGAGGAUGGUGGAUGGGACCCAUGGAGAUUGGGAAACUUACGGUGUUGACCUCUUGAAUCAGAGAGAAGACCGCAAUUACAUCCUGGUGGGAUUGAGCAUCAAAUAUACCAACCCCUUCAUAACAUUACUGCUGCCCACCAUACUGAUCGUCUUGGCUGAUGUUGUCAGCUUCUCUCUACCGCUGGGAGGCGGAGAACGCAAUUCUUUCAAGGUCACACUGGUGCUCAGCUUCACCAUGUUCCUCAUCAUCCUCAAUGACCAGCUCCCCGGAGACAGCCAAUGCAGCCCCAUCAUCCGACCCCACUUCUGUGUCUGUCUGGUCCUCUUGGUGCUGAGCAUGCUGGUGUCCAUGGUGCUGACACGGCUGGCCAAAGAUGGCAGCUUCAUUUUCUCCUGUUGCUCCAAACACUCCGUCCAAGGAAAAACAGGAAAAAAGGAAAAGACAGAUGACGAGGAGAGCAAAGCUGACAUUAGUGUCGUUCAGAUGAACGGGGCCGAGGAGGACAGUCGAAUGCUCAGAAAAGUGGUGAACUUCCUUGAAGCUCUUGAAGCAAAUACACUGGAAAGUGAGAGACACCAGACAUUGGCCAACAAACUGGAUAAGAUAUAUUUCUGGCUCUAUUUAAUUUUUGGCACCAUCUAUUUUCUUGCUAUGACUACUGUGAUGGUACACUAUAAAUGUACAGUCAACCAUUUUGACUUCUGGUACUAAUAAAAAGCAUGCCAUUACUGUACAAACAGCUAAACUGAGCUGGGAAACAUACGAUCUCAUGAAUUUAAAUUCAACAUACAAAUUCAAAGACUAAUGUAGGUCUCGGCACACAUUACAUUUGUUACAUAACUUGACACUUUAAUAUGUUAAAUAUGAUAGAUUCUCUAUACUAUGUAAAAUACUUCAGUGGUGAUUUGUACUUGUAGGUAAUCUCUUGUC